UUUCACUAUUUAGCGGGCAACUAAAUGUGAGACAUGAUGAGACUCUCAUUGUCUGAAAUACUGCAUUUUAGGUUUUAUUAAUAUUUUAAUUGUUGUUUAUAUUAACUGUCUUUAAAUGACCACUAAUUUCUCUGGUUUUAGUUAACUUACAUCUUAUUAAAAGCUGCUAAGCUGAUGGAUUAUUGUGUUUCAUUGCCGUUUAGCUACAACUUAAAUGAUCCUUUUGAAAUGGAUAAAAAUAUUAAACAAGAACCUGGAACCGAAAGUAUUACAAACCCUGAAUUGCUCAGUUUUGAAGAUAAAUUGUAUGAAAUUAAAUGUGUCAAACUCUCAAAGAGGAUUGAAGAAUAUAAAUUAGAAAAUGAAAAGCUCAUUCAACACAUAUAUGAAUUUAAAAAAUUGGUAGAUCGCUAUAGUAAACAAAAAAGUGCUCUCAUUAAACGGUUGUCAACUUAUGCCAAUACUGAUUGGCCGGAAACCUAACCACAAUUAAUGUGAUGUGUAAAUUAUGCUCAAGAAUCCUUUCUUCCGUCAAAUAAUCACUACUUCUAAUGGAUGGUACAUAUGUAUUAAUUUUUUCAACAUAAUCAAAUUUCAUCAUUGCGCUGCUGCUGUUUUUGACAACUCCAUCUGCUGAACCAUCUUAUUUUGAUUACCAUUGAUGCUCAGUUUAAUAGUCAUGUACAAGUUAUAAUCUUUAAAUUGUGAAUACAUUUAGUUUUCAAAAAUAAAAAAGUUAAAUUUACGUUGCGAAUCUUGUACGAAUUCAAUAAUUACCUGCAAAUUUUCAUUAUGAAGAGAACGGGAAAGCUUGACAUAAAUGGACUAAUUAUUUGCUUUUGCGAAGAAAAAAGUCCACGAGAACAAUGCGUCAACUAAAUUAACCUUUAUGAUUACAGUUAAUAAAGUCGCGAUUUAAUAAAUUAUGUUUGAUGAUCAAGUCUCAAUAAGUAAACCAGUUUACCUUAAGUUUACUUUUGCGUCGCUUCUUGUUAAUUGCUUUUAAAUCUAUUGUUUGUCAUCUACGAAUUUUGUCAACCUUUUAACAACAUUGAUCAUUGACCAGCCUUUAAUUACCAACAGUCAACCACAAUAAACUCGGCCUCACCAUUGGGUCUCAAACACAAGAUUACAGCAACGAGAAGGAGUCUGACAAGGAACCGUCAGAAAUGGGUUACUCUGUCCAAUACUUCUCUUGCGUUAAAGUGUUUCUCAUUUUUUUCAAUUUCCUUCUCUGGUGCACAGGGAUGACAUUGAUUGGAAUUGGACUCUGGUUUCGUAUCGAUCCAAAAAUGUACGAACCAACGCUGUACAUUGACACGGAAAAUUUCAUUAACGUUGGCUGGAUAAUGAUGUUUAGUGGAUUGGCGAUUGUUAUUUUAUCAAUUAUCGGAUGCAUCGGAACUCUGACCAAUUCAACCUGUAAAUUGGGCUCAUACAUUUUCAUUAUGGCUCUUUUAAUUGGACUAGCGAUUGCUUGUGUAGUCCUAGCUGCAACUCAUGGUUUCGGGGACAGACUGGAAUACUAUGUAACUCAACAAGUUUUGAUCCAAAUACAACAAAGGCCAUUUUCAGAAAAAGCUCGAGAAUUACUUGAUUUUAUCCAGGUUAAGUUAAAAUGUUGUGGAGCUGAAAACUUCAACGAUUACCAUAGAUAUGGAUUAGAAGUUCCUGUUUCAUGUUAUCGAGAGCAAGCCAACUUUAUUAAUCAAGAGGGAUGUGGUCGUGUUUUGGGUCGCUUUUAUGAUCUUAGAGGAGGAAUCGCACUUGGAUUGAAUGCGUUCGCUGUAAUUGUUGAAUUCCUUUGCCUUAUCUUUGCCUUGUCACUAUUCUGUGUAAUCAGACAUUCUGAGCUUGAUGAUUAAUAUUCUGGUUGAUGAUAAUCAAGACAUUUUAAUACUGUCAUCUCCCGCCAGAUAAGCUGACAGCAUUACAGUUUAGUCAUUAGUCAAUUCAAAUUUUGUCAAAUUUCAUGUAACUUAAUUCAUAUUUUUUAAUCAAUUUUAAACAAAUUGUUACUCUUUUUGAUAAACCCUAACUUAACUAUGAAAUGUAAU